AUGACUAUGGCUGGGGGCAGGAGGGGGCUUGUUGCCCCCCAGAACACGUUUCUGGAGAAUAUUGUCCGGAGGUCCAAUGAUACCAACUUUGUACUGGGCAACGCUCAGAUAGUGGACUGGCCCAUCGUCUACAGCAAUGAUGGAUUUUGCAAGUUAUCAGGAUACCACAGGGCGGAAGUCAUGCAAAAAAGCAGUACCUGCAGUUUUAUGUAUGGAGAACUGACAGACAAAGAUACAAUUGAGAAGGUGCGGCAGACUUUUGAGAACUAUGAAAUGAACUCUUUCGAAAUCCUGAUGUACAAAAAGAACAGGACACCUGUGUGGUUCUUUGUGAAAAUCGCUCCGAUUCGAAAUGAACAGGAUAAAGUGGUUUUAUUUCUUUGCACCUUCUCUGACAUAACAGCUUUCAAACAGCCAAUUGAGGAUGAUUCAUGUAAAGGUUGGGGGAAAUUUGCCCGGCUGACAAGAGCACUGACAAGCAGCAGGGGGGUCCUACAGCAGCUGGCUCCCAGUGUGCAGAAGGGUGAAAAUGUCCACAAGCAUUCUCGCCUGGCUGAGGUCUUGCAGCUGGGUUCAGACAUUCUUCCCCAGUACAAGCAAGAAGCACCAAAGACUCCUCCUCACAUCAUCUUACAUUAUUGUGUUUUCAAGACCACCUGGGAUUGGAUCAUCUUAAUCUUAACUUUCUACACUGCCAUUUUGGUCCCUUACAAUGUCUCCUUUAAAACAAGACAGAACAAUGUGGCCUGGCUGGUUGUGGACAGUAUUGUGGAUGUCAUCUUCCUGGUGGAUAUUGUGCUUAAUUUUCAUACUACCUUCGUUGGACCAGCUGGGGAGGUGAUCUCUGACCCCAAACUCAUCCGCAUGAAUUAUCUGAAGACCUGGUUUGUGAUUGACCUGCUGUCCUGUUUGCCCUAUGAUGUCAUCAAUGCAUUCGAGAAUGUGGAUGAGGGAAUCAGCAGCCUGUUCAGCUCACUGAAAGUGGUUCGACUCCUACGCUUGGGACGAGUGGCCCGCAAGUUAGACCACUAUAUUGAGUAUGGAGCUGCUGUCCUCGUCCUGCUGGUGUGUGUUUUUGGAUUGGCAGCCCACUGGAUGGCCUGCAUCUGGUACAGCAUUGGGGACUAUGAGAUCUUCGAUGAGGACACAAAAAUGAUCCGUAAUAAUAGCUGGCUCUACCAGCUGGCUAUGGAUGCUGGGACGCCGUACCAAUUCAACGUUUCCGGCCUGGGAAAGUGGGAAGGUGGUCCAAGCAAGAAUUCCGUCUACAUCUCCUCCUUGUAUUUCACCAUGACCAGCCUCACCAGCGUGGGCUUCGGGAACAUCGCCCCCUCCACUGACAUAGAGAAGAUCUUUGCAGUCGCUAUAAUGAUGAUUGGCUCCCUCCUGUAUGCCACCAUUUUUGGGAAUGUGACGACCAUUUUCCAGCAGAUGUAUGCUAAUACCAACAGGUACCAUGAGAUGCUCAAUAGUGUUCGCGACUUCCUGAAGCUCUACCAGGUGCCAAAGGGACUCAGUGAAAGAGUCAUGGACUAUAUUGUAUCCACUUGGUCUAUGUCCAGAGGAAUUGAUACCGAGAAGGUUCUCCAGAUAUGCCCCAAGGAUAUGCGGGCUGAUAUCUGUGUGCAUCUAAAUCGCAAAGUGUUCAAGGAGCAUCCAGCCUUCAGACUUGCCAGCGAUGGGUGCCUACGGGCACUGGCCAUGGAAUUCCAGACUGUUCAUUGUGCCCCUGGUGACCUCAUCUACCACGCUGGCGAGAGUGUCGACAGCCUGUGCUUUGUGGUUUCAGGUUCUUUGGAAGUGAUUCAGGAUGAUGAAGUAGUAGCCAUAUUGGGAAAAGGGGAUGUAUUUGGAGAUGUAUUCUGGAAGGAAGCCACGCUUGCCCAGUCCUGUGCCAAUGUCAGGGCUUUGACCUACUGUGACCUGCAUGUGAUUAAGCGAGAUGCCCUGCAGAAAGUGCUAGAAUUCUACACAGCCUUCUCUCACUCCUUCUCAAGAAACCUCAUCCUUACAUACAAUCUGAGGAAAAGGAUUGUGUUUCGGAAGAUCAGUGAUGUGAAGAGGGAAGAAGAAGAGAGAAUGAAACGGAAGAAUGAGGCCCCCCUGAUCCUGCCCCCAGACCAUCCUGUCCGGAGGCUUUUCCAAAGAUUCCGGCAGCAGAAGGAGGCCAGGCUGGCAGCAGAGAGGGGAGGCCGGGAUCUCGACGACCUGGACGUGGAGAAGGGCAACGUUCUGUCAGAGCACUCCUCUGCCAACCACACAGUGGUUAAGGCCAGUAUCGUCACCGUCCGGGAGAGCCCAGCCACCCCUGUCUCUUUCCAGUCAGCAUCUACCUCAGGGGUGUCAGACCAUGCCAAACUACAAGCUCCUGUGUCCGAGGGCCUGGGUCCUAAGGGGGGUGGGGGGGAUUGCCCCCGACGCAAAGGCUGGGCUCGUUUCAAAGAUGCUUGCGGGAAAGGGGAGGACUGGAACAAAGUCUCCAAGGCUGAGUCGAUGGAGACACUCCCUGAGAGGACAAAGACACCUGGGGAGGCUACCCUGAAGAAGACAGACUCUUGCGACAGUGGCAUCACCAAAAGUGACUUGCGCUUGGACAAUGUCGGUGAGACCAGGAGUCCUCAGGACCGCAGUCCUAUCCUUGCAGAGGUCAAGCAUUCCUUCUACCCUAUCCCCGAGCAGACUCUUCAGGCCACCAUGCUGGAGGUGAAGCAUGAGCUGAAAGAGGACAUCAAAGCCUUGAACAACAAAAUGGCGAACAUUGAAAAACAGCUCUCUGAGAUACUAAGGAUAUUAACUUCCAGAAGAUCUUCUCAGUCCCCCCAGGAGCUGUUUGAAAUAUCAAGGCCCCAAACCCCAGAAUCAGAGAGAGACAUUUUUGGAGCCAGCUGA